ACAACCGCCGCCGUCGCAACCCCACACACGACAUCAACAAUGGUCUUACGAAUUCGUCUCGCCCGCUUCGGCAAGAAGCACGCACCCUUCUACAACAUAGUCGUCGCGCACGCAAGAACAGCGCGCAAUUCCCGGCCUCUUGAAGUCCUCGGUACCUACGACCCCAAGCCGCAACCACCACGACCCGGCGACACUCACGGCCGGCCGUGGAAAGACAUCAAACUCGACAUAAGCCGAGCGCGGUACUGGGUCGGUGUAGGAGCACAGCCUAGCGAUACAGCGUGGAGGUUGCUGAGCAUGGUGGGCAUUCUCGAACCACAAUACCGCGUAGGCCAGAUCCAAGGCCAGGUCGUCAAGGCGGAUUCAGCACACAAGAGUUUGAUACCCGAGAGCAAGAUUCUGGCAGCGCAACCAACGACGAGGGUGGAGAACAUGGAGGGUGGAGCCAAGCAUGUUGGUACUUGAUGGUAGGACACAAUGCGCGGAAUAGCAUCACAUGGCGUUAUAAGAGGAAUACUUGUGGGAAAGCUAAAUAUAUUCGUACGUUACAAAACCAUUACUGAAUGGUCGUGACGCUACACCUGUAACAAUACAACAAAUCGUCCACA